CGGAUGAGCUUCGGGCUUCGCAGACUGCGGCAUCGGGAGCGGUCCGUGUGGAUGUCAUACUUCAGGAAUUCUGAUUUACUUGCACCAGCCUGAGAGUGUUGGGUCGCCCUGAGAGCGAAUGGCCCUGUUCUGUUGAUGCGCUGCGGAUACAUGAAUUGGACCACUUUUUGAGAUUCCGUCAUACUUGGUAGUACGCAGUUCUAGCUACCGGAUCCUACAAUGGCUGCGACAACAAGGCUUGUAGUAGCAGGUGGAAGUGGAUUCCUGGGGUCUAGAAUCUGCAAGUCCGCCGUCACCCGAGGGUGGGAUGUCGUCUCCCUGAGUCGACAUGGCGAGCCCGCAUGGGACACAGUCUCCUCGUCUGCUAAUCCUCCGCGAUGGGCAAAGUCUGUGAACUGGGUCAAGGCCGACGUCAUGGACCCUACCACGUAUCUGCCACAUCUCAAGAACGCUACGGCCGUCGUGUACUCACUGGGCAUCAUUUUGGAAGCGGACUACAAAGGAAUUGUACGGGGAAAAGAAUCGCUGUUCGGCGGCAUACAGAAGUUGUUCUGUUCGUCUAAAUCACUAGAAAACGGAAAACAAAAGAAUCCGCCACACUUAAGCUAUGCGGUCAUGAAUAGAGACCUAGCUCUAACGCUAGCAAAACACUCGUCCAACGAGAACGUCCCGACCUUUGUCUACAUCUCUGCGGAAGCGGGUGGACCCAUCUUGCCCUCAGGAUACAUCACGUCAAAAAGACAAGCGGAGUCCUUGAUUUCGACGGAUUUCCCAAAUAUGCGUAACAUCUACGUCCGACCCACGUUCAUGUACGAUUCAUCUCGUAAAAUGACAAUGCCGAUUGCGUUGGGCGGGAUAGUAGGAUCCGAAGUCAACAACUUGCUCGGCGGUAGGCUAUCAUUCAUGGGAAUUAUGACCGCUAAACCAUUAAAGGUUGGCACCGUCGGCGAAGCGGUAGUCGAGGCUAUUGGAGACGGCGUAACGAAGGGUGUGAUGAAUCCUAGGAAGAUCGAAGACUUGGCGACUAAGGGUUGGAGGAGGACCAUGCUUUGAAGCAGGGCGUAGCCCACAUUUUCUCCCGUCAGCCAUCAUUCUUGUGGCAAGAAUGUGUAUAAUAUGGGUGUAUUUUGCAUUGCUGGUCCGGAUAUUUUUUUUGUAAAUUAUCGAUCUCGGCUCCGGGAAAACCUCUCAGAUCAUCGUUCCUCGUUCG